CUGCGCUCCCGGGGCAGGGGGGCGGCGCCGAUGGAGAGCCUGCAGCAGCCAGUCCUGCUGGACCGCUGACCGCUCCCACCGCUUCCCGGCGCGUGGCCUGGCCCCGGGUGCGCGCCGAAUGGGGGCAGUUGGGGACCAGGCAUGGCCCGGGGUCAGCCGGCUCCGCUGCUGCUGCUGUUGGCGCUGCUGCUGGUGCCGCUGCUGGCGACCCGGGCCUGGGUCUUCCCGGAUUACCAGUACUUCGGUCAGCAGGGCGGCGAAGGUGACACUUGGGAACAGCUGGGACUGAAGCAGCAAAAGGACUUGCAAGAAUCGAACCUGGGCCCGUGGGGAAAGUGGAGGUGUCGGUGCGACCAGGGGCAGCAGGAGCGCAGCCGCAGCGUGCUGGGCACCGCGCCGGCUCCGGGGUUCUGGGAACGGGAUCACCUGGUCCAGGUGAGGCCCUGCAGGCUUCGGGACUGUUCGUCCUGCCAUCCCUCGGACUGCGACUGGAGGGCCUGAGCCAGGGCCCAGGCUCCUCCGGGACGUGCACCGACAUCUGCCAAGGCCCGGGUCGACCGUCGGCCCUGGGAACCACAACUCCCGAGAGGCUGCG